GCCGACUGCUUCCUGGGCACAAUGGUGCUAUCAGUCACCGAGCUCCUCUGCGUCCACCGCUGCACCGCGGUUGACAUCAGCGGUGUAGCUCACAAUGCGGAUGCGCAGGUGCACGAGAUGCUGUGGAGGAAGGUGCAGCUGGAACUCGAAGGUCUUCUUUUCUUCUUCGACUUCCCUUUGUCGCACUUGGAAGCCUCCGGGUGGCCUUUGUUGUCUUUGCUCCGGAAGUUGGGAGCUGCAUUCCGCUACACCUUCGGCAACGUGGUGCCCAAUGAGUGCGACUUGCUGGACGGCGCGAGGGCUGACGAGCUGCACGGCCACGUGAUGUCUAUGCUGCAGGAUCGCGUCUUUGAUCCGGAGGAGCUCCGGGAUGCUGCAGAAGCAGCAACCCGCUUCCUCGACCUGCGAGAUGCCUGUCCUUUCGCGUCGGGGGCGGCGAUGUUGGUGCUUCUGCGGGCGGUGCAGCUCUCGAGCAAGUUGGCCGUGCAGGAGAGCGACUUCUCCUGGAUGCUCCUGGAUGCCCCUCUGGCCCUUAGGGUUUAG